UGCAACGGCUCCUCGUGCAGAAGCAGGGAGGCUUCGUGCAAGGGCUCCUCGUGCAACAGCUCCUCGUGCCACAGGAGCGGGGCGGCCUCGUGGAAGGGCUCCUCCUGCAACAGUUCCUCAUGCAAGGGCUCCUCGUGCAAGAGGCGUGGGGAGGCCUCGUGCGACGGCUCCUCGUGCAAGGGCUCCUCGUGCGACGGGAGUGGGGAGGCUUCGUGCGAGGGCGCCUCGUGCAACGGCUCCUCGUGCAAGGGCACCUCGG